AUCUUUUGGUAAGUAUAUAUAUAGAAUUAGAUAUUCAUUGUCACCUAUUCUAUUUCAAAUCUCAACUCACCACCGAACCGACCUUAGAGAAUCAGUCAUGGGGAUUGUUGGAAAUCUCAGCUCCGACCAACUCCAGUCCUUCAACUCUCAGGGAUAUUUAGUUAUUGAAUCAUUUUCGAGCUCAGAAGAAAUCGACGCCAUGAGGAAGAGAAUGGACCAAUUGCUUGAUGGGUUUGAUUGCUCAUCCACCGCCUCAAUUUUCUCUACUAAGAACCAGCAACAAUCGACAGACAAUUACUUCUAUGAGAGUGCUGAGAAGAUUUCAUUUUUCUUUGAAGAGAAAGCAUUUGGCGACGAUGGUGCCUUAAAGCAAGCAAAGCAAUUAUCCAUUAACAAAGUUGGACAUGCGCUGCAUGAGAUUGAUCCAGUAUUUAAAACUUUUACUUGCUCAGAGAAACUAACAGGUUUACUGUCGUCGUUACAUUACAAGAGGCCUGUAAUCAUUCAGUCAAUGUACAUAUUUAAGCAACCAGGUAUUGGGGGUGAGGUAGUGCCGCACCAGGAUAACUCGUUUCUUUAUACUGAACCAACAACUUGCACCGGGUUGUGGCUUGCUUUAGAAGAUGCAACAGUAAUAAAUGGUUGCAUCUGGGCCAUUCCUGGAUCUCAAAAGGAUGGUCUUGUGAGAAGGUUCAUUAGAGAUGAGAAUGGGGUUCACUUCGAUAAGCCCUCCCCAUCCUAUGACCAAAAAGAUUUUGUGCCUAUUGAAGUGAAAGCUGGCUCGUUGGUUGUCAUUCAUGGUGAUCUUAUUCAUCAGAGUUAUGAGAACCAGUCAUCAAAAUCAAGGCAUGCCUACAGCUUGCAUGUGGUGGAUACUGAUGGCUGCAAAUGGGCUCAAGAUAAUUGGAUCAGAAGAAAAGUAUCUCCUGAGCCCCUUUACGUUUCUUGAUCUGCCAGAUGAUCCAUUUAUGGUCAACUACAUGAAGCUCUGAUGUAUGCAUCUGAAGCGAAAAUCUCAACACGGUUGUAUCCUUCCAGGGUACGUGUAUCAAAGAAUUUGUGCUUCCUACAAAAUAAAUAAAAGAACAUGUGUAUUUAGUUGGUUCAGGAUUAUGAUGUUCUCUCAGUUCUGCCCUUAUGGGUAUUGUUAACUGCUUUUGCUUGUGUUUUAUCCAGUAUAACAAUCCUGUAAAUUUAUAUAAUUAAAAACUAUGUCAUUUAACUUCUGUUA